CAAUUCACAGCACAGUCCAGUUUGAACGAUCGCGAAGAGUGGACGUUUAUAUUUCCGUAUAACCUCUGGUUAAAAUUGAGUUGAAUUUGUGUUAAAAUAUACAACACAUUGAGAAAAUAUUUGUCCUGUUACCUUUGUUGGUAAAAUACAACUUUUGUUUUUUUAGUAACUUAUUUUUCUAUGAAGAAAAAUAUUUAAAUUCGUGAAAUCAUUCAAUCAAUCAAUUUAAUUGUUUCCUGAAGACGCAAAAUCUACAUCACACAUGGUUCGAUAUGUUCAAAUUAAAAAUCAGAUGAAAUAAUUAAAAAGAAGUAUAAAGGGUGAAUAAAACAAAAACAUUACGUGAUUUGGACAUACAUUGUACAUCAUGAUGCGUUUUUCGUUUUUCUUGCUCAAUUUUUUAUCAGGUUUAUUUCUGACGUUCUUUUUGACAUCUGCUGACGCUAUAGACCAUGACUGGUGGCAAACAGCACUGAUAUAUCAAAUAUAUCCAAGGUCCUUCAAAGAUAGCAAUGGAGAUGGAAUCGGUGACUUAAAUGGUAUAACAGAGAAGCUGCCGUACCUAAAGGAGACAGGAGUUGACGCGAUCUGGAUGUCGCCUAUCUUCCUGUCGCCCAUGCGCGACUUCGGCUACGACAUCACUGACUAUAGAGAGAUAGCGCCGGAGUACGGCAACAUGGACCACUUCCAACUCCUCAUGAAGACUGCUAAGAAAUUGGGUAUACGAGUAAUCCUGGACUUUGUGCCGAACCACACGAGCAACGAGAGCGAUUGGUUCCUGCGUUCGGUGCGCCGCGAGCCCGGGUACGAGGACUACUACGUGUGGGCUGACGGCAUCCCCGACCCCAAUAAAUCCGGCGUCCAGAAACCGCCUAGCAACUGGGUGAGCAACUUCAGGGGUAGUGCGUGGCAGUACAGCGAGGAACGCGGCCAGUACUACUUGCAUCAGUUCGCCAUCGGCCAGCCCGACCUCAACUACCGCGAGCCCCGAGUGCACGAAGAGAUCAAGCAAGUACUACGAUUCUGGCUGGAUCAGGGCGUGUCAGGGUUCCGAGUGGAUGCCAUCAACAUGCUAUUUGAAGCCCGCCCAGAGGACUUCGGAGGCAGAUAUCCAGACGAACCACGCACAGGUAUCCCAGGCUCAUCGCCGGAUGACUACAAUUACUUAAAGCACAUUUACACAAGGAAUUUAAAAGAGACAUACGACGUUGUGUACUCAUGGCGGGAAAUUCUAGACGAGUUUACAAAGAUGCACGGAGAACAUAAGUUGAUGAUGACAGAGGCUUACGCCGACGUCAGCGAUCUCGUCAAGUAUUACGGCAAUGGGAACAGAGAUGGCGCUGUACCUUUCAACUUUGCCUUUCUCGGCGAUAUACACAAUACAUCUAAUGCGUAUGAUAUAAAGCUGGUCAUUGAUAAGUGGAUGACUUAUAUGCCAAGUGGGAAGACAGCUAACUGGGUGAACGGCAACCAUGACCAGAGCCGGCUGGCGUCGCGGCACGGCUCCGAUCGCGUGGACGCAAUGAAUAUGCUUGCGCUGAUGCUGCCCGGCAUCGCCAUCACAUAUCAGGGCGAGGAGCUAGGUAUGACGGACGGCUACGUGAGCUGGCAGGACACGCGCGACCCACAAGCUUGCGACACAGACCCGCAGCACUACGCGCUCAGCUCACGCGACCCUGAGCGCACGCCAUACCACUGGGACGCGAGCGAACAUGCCGGCUUCUCUAACACCACGGGACGCACAUGGCUGCCACUGGCCGAUAACUAUCUCACCUUGAAUCUAGCCAAGCAACUAUCGGGCAGAAGUCAUUAUACGUUCUACAAAGAUUUGGCGACCAUCAGAAAGAAACCUGCCACCCGUUAUGGAGAUCUAGAGACGAAAGCUAUAUCAGAAUCUAUACUAGUAGUCAAUAGAUUACUGCCAGGGUCACCAGGUAUAGUGGGCAUUGUGAAUCUAUCUGACAGAGAUGUGGUCGUCAAUUUGUCCUCCCUCAGACUGUUGCCAGAAAAGAUGGCAGUAGUUGCAACUGGAGUGGACUGCUCCCUUGAUAAAGGAAUGCCACUGAGCAAGGCCAAUCUACCUAUAUCUGCACACUGCGCUGUCGUAUUUGAAACACUAACUAACUGUUGUUGAAGUUGUAUAUUUCUUUUUAUAUUGUAUAUAUCUUACAUUAUUUUACAUUUUAAAGUGAAACGAAGACAUAUUAAAUUGUGGUGACUGAAAGUUAUUUUAAUAAGUAAGGAAAUUUAAUGCUUAAAUUGCUUAUAAAUACUAUUUAUUCUUAUGAAAAACAGUCAAACCUGGAUAAACGAGAAUCCACAGAACUGCAAUAUUUGUCAUGCUCAUAGAGGUUUCUUGCUUAGCCAGGAUCUAACAUGUAAUUGUUUUGUAAAUAAAAACAUACAAUUUUUA